CAAGAAACCCCAAACAAACAACUGCUUCCGUCUCCUCUAAUCACUUCCACUCUGUUUUCUGCAAUUUUUUUUUAUACCCAUUUGUUCGUUUCUGCUAUCUGUGGGUUCUUGAAUCCAAAGUUUGUGGAGAAAAAGAGAAACCCAUUUUGGCAAAACGAAAAAAGAAAUGAAGAAAAUGAGUUUGUAGACUAUAGAGUAGAUAAAAGCUAAUAAACUAAGGGAAAAAGGAAAAAGGGGAUUAGAAAGCUUUUGUGUGUCGAUACUCCAUUAUCAGUAGAAAAGCAAACCGGUGAUACCCUUCUGGAUCUUCAUCUUUAUCCAACACCAUAAUCUCAAGGUUUUGGCUUGCUAUUAGCUUGGAGACUGCCUGACUCCAUUGGAGCUUGAAUUGAAUAAAUGAAAGGAGCUGUGCUAGUGGCUAUUGCUGCUUCCAUUGGAAACUUUCUACAAGGAUGGGAUAAUGCCACCAUUGCUGGGGCUAUGGUCUACAUCAAGAAGGACAUGGCCCUGAAAUCUUCAGUUGAAGGUCUUGUAGUGGCCAUGUCUCUCAUUGGAGCCACGAUCAUUACGACAUGCUCGGGACCAGUAUCGGACUGGCUCGGUCGACGCCCGAUGCUGAUACUGUCGUCGCUGCUUUAUUUUAUAAGUGGUUUGAUCAUGUUGUGGUCACCCAAUGUGUUUGUACUCUGCAUAGCUAGGCUGUUGGAUGGAUUUGGGAUUGGUCUUGCUGUUACUCUUGUCCCUGUUUAUAUUUCUGAGACUGCCCCAUCGGAUAUAAGAGGAUUGUUGAAUACUCUCCCUCAGUUUACUGGAUCGGGCGGCAUGUUCAUAUCUUACUGUAUGGUAUUUUAUAUGUCGUUGUUGGUCGCACCGAGCUGGAGGUUAAUGCUUGGAGUUCUUUCGAUCCCAUCUGUCCUCUAUUUUGUACUAACUGUAUUUUUCUUGCCCGAAUCUCCUCGGUGGCUUGUUAGUAAAGGAAGGAUGCUCGAGGCGAAAAAGGUUCUCCAGAGACUCCGUGGCAUAGAGGAUGUUUCAGGUGAGAUGGCUUUGCUGGUUGAAGGUCUUGGGAUUGGAGGUGAGACAUCCAUAGAAGAGUAUAUAAUAGGCCCUGCUGAAGAAUUUGAAGGAGAGACAGCUGAUCAGAAAGAUAAAAUCAAGCUAUAUGGACCUGGAGAAGGCCUAUCUUGGAUUGCUAAACCCGUCACGGGUCAGAGUUCUCUCGUGCUAGCAUCCCGGCAAGGAAGUUUGGUCAAUAAAAGUAUGGCUUUUAUGGACCCGCUCGUCACCCUCUUUGGUAGCGUUCAUGAGAAGCUCCCUGAGUCUGGAAGCAUGAUCUUUCCAAAUUUUGGCAGCAUGUUCAGCACGGCUGAGCCUCACCUGAAAAACGAGCAGUGGGAUGAGGAGAGCCAGAGAGGUGAUGACUACGCAUCAGAGGCUGCUGGGGUGGACUCGGACGACAAUCUGCAUAGUCCGCUGAUUUCACGUCAGACGACCAGCAUGGAUAAAGACAUAGUUCCCCCUCCUUCUCAUGGCAGUAUCUUCAGCGUGAGGCGUCACAGCAGUCUGAUGCAAGGAAAUGUCGAGGCAGUUGGCAAUACUGGCAUCGGUGGGGGGUGGCAGUUGGCUUGGAAAUGGUCCGAGAAAGGAGAGGAUGGAAAGGAGGGUGGAUUUAAACGUAUUUAUUUGCACCAGGAGGACAUUCCGGGGUCUCGACGUGGAUCUAUUCUUUCACUUCCUGGUGGAGAUGUUCAAGCAGAGGGUGAGUUCAUCCAGGCUGCAGCUUUAGUUAGCCAGCCUGCUCUUUUCUCUGAAGAUCUUAAACGUCAGCACCCGGUCGGCCCUGCAAUGGUCCAUCCAUCUGAAACCGUUUCAAAGACUCCCGUAUGGUCUGCUCUUCUCGAACCAGGUGUUAAGCAUGCUCUGAUCGUCGGAAUUGGAAUCCAGAUACUUCAGCAGUUUUCCGGGAUUAACGGAGUUCUUUACUACACUCCUCAAAUUCUCGAAGAGGCCGGUGUCGAAGUUCUGCUGUCAAAUAUGGGCAUUGGUUCUGAAUCUGCAUCAUUCCUGAUUAGUGCAUUCACAACUUUCUUGAUGCUUCCCUGUAUAGGAGUGGCCAUGAGGCUCAUGGAUAUUUCAGGCAGAAGGCGGCUCUUACUCGCUACACUCCCUGUCCUAAUAGUAUCACUCCUUGUUCUCGUCGUGUUUGAGCUUGUUACAGUGAGCUCUGUCGUCAAUGCAGCAAUCUCGACCAUAUGCGUAGUUGUUUACUUCUGCAUCUUUGUGAUGGCAUAUGGUCCAAUUCCAAACAUCCUUUGCUCGGAGAUUUUCCCGACAAGGGUGCGUGGCCUCUGCAUUGCCAUAUGUGCAAUGGUAUUCUGGAUUGGCGAUAUAAUCGUAACCUAUUCGCUGCCUGUGAUGCUUGGUGCAAUAGGUCUUGCUGGUGUCUUUGGCAUCUACGCAGUCGUGUGUGUAAUUUCAUGGAUUUUCGUCUACUUGAAAGUCCCGGAAACCAAAGGCAUGCCACUCGAGGUCAUUGCCGAGUUCUUCUCCGUCGGCGCGAGACAAGCUGUUAAAGGUGCUGAUAAUUGAGUUGAGUUGUGGAGGAUGCAAAUUGGCAGUCUCGAGUCGAAACAGAAACUUCAUCUGCUGCUUCCCAGUUUGGAAGUAUAUCUGUUCCUUGCUGCAUUAAGAAAGGAAGAACAGAAGGAACGCAUAGCAAACCCACAUUCUUUUCCUCUUUUGUAUUUUGCUUUAAAUUUAUGUAUUUUAUAUGCACCAAUGUACUGGAGAUUGUUACUGGUUUAGAUGCUUACAACCUGGUUUUUCCUCCUAAUCUUGUGAGGCUUUGGUUUGAUUUUUUCUAA